AUGUCGCUAUGGCAAUAUAAGAUGGAGGCGCGUGGGCCCGGUCUCCGGAUCUGUAUCGAUCUAUUUCUGAAGAAAGAUCGUGAGUUUGGGGCUUUAGUGGCCUUUCCUGCCCUCUCUGAAUCGCGUCUCAAGUACUCGUCAUCGCUGUCAAUGGUUUCUACACUAAAGGCCAUGUACUCCUCCAGUGACAUUUCGCAAAGCGAAAAGCAUUCCACGUCGGGGGGUACACACUCACAUUGUGUACUGCCCCAACGGCUCGCCGAUAAGCGGAAAGGCUUCAACAAGGUACCUCUAUCUUUGAAAGCGAGCACACACAGGGUGCCCCCUUCUCCAAAAGCAGGCACAUACAGGCUACUUCCAUCUCCAGAAGCAGCCAGACACAGAGUACCUCUUCCUUCAAAGGCAAGCACAUUCCAGGGUCCCCUUAUUUCAAAAGUGGGCGCAUACACGGUACCUCUUUCCCCAAAAGCAGGUACAUAA